UUUGUUUUUUUAGGUGGGGUUUCACUGUUUGAACACUGUGUCUUUCCUCUCACCCAUCUGUAUACAGCCAUUUUCCUGUUUAUCUUUCCCAAAUACAGAGCAAGUCAAGCAGCAGAGAGAGGCCCUCUUUUUGUAGUUGUGUUUCCUCACCAUCACCAAGAACCCACCUUUCUCUCUCUUGUUAGGAUGCCAAGACCAGGCCCAAGACCCUUUGAGUGUGUGAGAAGAGCUUGGCACAGUGAUAGGCACCACCCCAUUAGGGGUUCUCUCAUUCAAGAGAUUUUCAGGAUUGUGAAUGAGGUCCAUUGUUCAGCUACUAGGAAGAACAGAGAAUGGCAAGAGAAACUCCCCAUUGUUGUGUUGAAAGCUGAAGAAAUCAUGUAUUCUAAAGCAAACUCUGAGGCUGAGUAUUCUGAUCUUGAAACACUUUGGGAAAGAGUAAAUGAUGCCAUUGACAUCAUAAUCAAAAGAGACGAGACCUCUGAAACUGGGGAUUUCUUGCACCCUUGUAUUGAAGCUGCAUUGCAUUUGGGUUGCUUUCCUAGGAGAUCAUCAAGAAGCCAACGCAACGAUUCGCCUAGAUGUUACCUUAGGCCAGAAAAUGUAGAGGGUGCUUUUGUUGCUGACUCCAGUUUUAGCUCUGAAAUUUAUGGAAAUCUUGCUAAGAUUAGCCCCCUUGUCCUCCAUUGCCCACAGUACGUGACAUUUGACACCAGGAAUCCAUCACCUUCGUGCAUAAAGGCUCAUGAUCGUAGAAAUCCGAGUCAUGUCAAGAAAUUUGUCAUGCUACCUAACAAUUUGGUUCCAAGUGGUAACCAUCAUGCAUCAGGAGAAGCUUCUAAUUCGUCGAACCUAUGGCAUGUGUUUCCUUUGCACUACGGUGAUCAUCUUGAACCAUCGAGAGCUUCAUUUCCGACUCCCCAACUUAUGGAUAGUGAUGAAAUUACCCCUCAACCAAGCUCACCCACCUUAAAGCUUGAUACUUUGAGCUCUCAUUGUCCAUCCAGCCGUGAACUUGCUUCAGAAAAGGAGCAGCAGGCUGACUGUGACUUAACAUUGCGGCUAGGUUCUCUCGUAGUUCCUUGUGCUGGUAUUGAGAAUAGUUGGUCCUUACAGCUGGAAAAUGGUGAUAGGGGGGCACUGUAGAUCAGAUAAAAUCCAGUAGUCAUCGCAACGAUUGAGUGAACCAAAAUCUGUCAGUUGGGCAUGUUUUGAUGAGAAUUAUAUGCUGCCAUUAGAGAUAACUAUGAGUAUGCUAAGUAGAUACAACGGGAAUUGGCAGUUACAAACAGCCCUGCUCAUUGCAGGAAAGAAAGCAGGCUCAAAGCGGAUGAUGAACUCCGAUGCUUUUGUCAUUAGAAAACUGCUUUUUUCAGUCAAUAGGUGGAAGGAGACGAUGGCGAUGUGGUUAGGGAAGAAAGGGGAGGUGACGCUGAGGAGGAUGAGGGUGGAGAGAUCAAGCAGCUAUAGUUGAACUCUAUCUGCAGCCGUAGACAGAGACGAGACGUUCUUCUGCUCUUUUGCGACCUCCUCCAAUGAGUCGCUCAUUCAACGAGUCAAACGUCUAGGUCCCAAGGUUGAAGUGCUUGUUCGGGAAGUCUUUGACAUAGUUGGUGUCCUCACACAGCUUUUGCCACUCUGACAAGCGUGCAUUAUGAGGUCGUCCAGCUCCGACCGGCUUGCCAUGGCAUCUGCGUUGGAGUGGAGCCAGUGGGAUAUCACAGCCACCAGCACUGUGAAGUCACUCUCGUUGCUACGUUGAUAGCAUUCGAUCAAUGAGGCAAAGAAAAUGGAGCUUUUAGCUUUGCUCGGCCAUCUCUGGUUAGCACUGUAACUUCCAUUCUGAAUUUAUUCCAAUGGUUCAAAUAGCCUCCAUCCUUACCAUUUAUGGAGCUUAUGUAAUGAAACAUGAAAUAUGAGAGUUUUUGUAUUAGAGCUUUACUAUCCAUGUUCAAAUAUCCUCCAAGUUGGGAAUAUUUCAAAUAUUAUUUUGGUGCCGUAA